AUGGCUCCUCUCACAACGACCCACACCAAUGCUGACGCCGAUGAUCAUAUAGAGUCAAUGAUUCCUAGCUGCACACCGCUUUUGUCAGCGGAUGCUGCAAAUCCCGAUCUUGAGGAGGAUCAAUGGAACGAAUAUGAACAAGUCCUGCGCCAUCUACAUGGCAUGGCAGAUAAGUCUCUCCAGGACAUAAUGGAAUACAUGAAACAGACCUUCGGCUUCGAGAAAAGCGAAGGUCAAUACAAGCGCAAAUUCAAAAGCUGGGGCUUGCGCACAAAUGUCAAAAGCCAUGAAUGGAAAUUUGUGGCCCAUCGUUUGCAGAAGCGCAAAAAGAGUGGCAAAAAUGAGAGCAAUGUUUAUGCGCAUGGCGUCUUGCAGCCCGCAAAGAGAGUCCGUACGGAGACGCGUCGCCAUGGCUGGCAGAGCACCUCUGAAAGAAUUGCCUCCGCCCAGAGUCCGAAGACACCAGAGGGCAUUCAAGUUUUGACGCCGACAGACACCCAGAACAGUCGAUUUGCGACUGAUCUUGAUCUUCUGUGGUACAAGGUUUCAAUAUAUCAAGUUCCGAAUCUCAGUCCAGGCUUGCUGGCUGUAAAAAUAACAGGUGAUUUGCGGCUCUCCAACGGCUGGAAUGUGGUGCUUUCACCCAAUGUGCCCACCCAAGUUGCUAAUAAGCUCAACUCCUAUCUCCGAGCCCUUCUUCCCAACACACCCGAAAACGAGCUUCAGGCCAGGCAGGACCCCCUUGCGGGAAAGGACCUGCUCACCUCACCAGCCGAGCUGGUCAAAAUACUACUCUUCGCCAUCUCGAACCAUCUCACCGACGGUGAAGCUGUGGCAAAAGUCCUUAGCAUGAACUCACGACCUUCCCAGGAGCGGGCGUUGUUGGAUUGUCUCUCCAUCAAAAACCCUACCCUGCAAGCCUUUGGAGAGAGGCUGUUCAAAGCGUCAAUAAUUCGCGGGCAUUGUCGGCUGAUGACCGAGUUUUUGAGGAGGGGUGCAGAUCCGAACAUCCGUAUUACAAGGGAGGGGUGUUCUGCUCUUCGGCAUUGCGUCGAAAUAACUGAUUUGAUGUCUUGUAAGAAGUUGUUGGAGUUCGGCGCAGAUGUUAAUGCGAUGUCAACGUUCGAGAAUGCAGAGCAUACCCCGCUACAAGCUGCCGCAGCAAGGGGGCAUUGUGAGGUGGUCCGUUUACUGCUUCGAUAUGGAGCGGACCCCAAUGCUCAUUCAGCUGAUUCUGGUGGCACAGCUUUGCAAUGCGCAUUACUCAAAAAUGAUACCUUGCUGGAAGCGGGAGCGGAUAUAAACGGCCUAGACCGUUACAAGAACAACGUCAUCACGAUAGCCUUAAACAGGAAUGGGCCUAAGGUGGUCCAGUUUCUUUUGCAGGCUGGGGCGGAUCCAUGCUUGAUCAAAACGGACAAGCUCGGGAGAGUCCUGUUGCAGAAGGCAGUAACGAGACGAGAUAGUGGCUUGCUCUGCCAUGUGUGGACGCUUGGGAGCCCAGUUGAGAGAUAUCUCGAUCUCAAAUCUUCCUGGUUUUCUGGGCAGCGUGCUUGGGAACAUUUGCAAGUGGCGACUGGCGAGACCAUUUUGCUACUGUACGAAUGCCUUUCGCAAUCCAGGCCGCCGAAAGAGGAAGAAUACUUCCGAUCAGCAGCGAAAGAGGCAAUACAACGAGGAGAUCUGCACACCUUUGCGGGGCUCUUGAAAGCGGCGGGACGAGCUGAGAUUGAUCUGGACAUACCGCCUGAACCUGGCGUUAGGGUUCGGGCUUGGAUUGAGGGCUCCAGUGAGGAGUUCCGCUAUUUGCUUGAAGCCGCUGCCGAUUACAACGACAGCUCGAUCGAAAGCUGUUUGGAGUGCGUCCUCGAACCACUAGUCCGACACAAGGACUACGAGACGUUCCAUAUGAUGCUGCGAACCUAUCGAACAUGUUUUGCUACCACCGACAGCCAUGCCGACGCCAUCGGCCUUUUCACUGCGGCAAGUUGUGGCGAUAUGCUGCUGAUGGAAAGCUACGUACUGGCUGGCGUUGAUGUGAGCACACCCAGCAUCGUGGGUACGCUGGGCUCCCCCCUUGAAGCGGUCGUGAGUUGUGAAAGGGGCGAUUUCGAAGAGACUGAUGAAGUCGCAGAAGGCCUCAUCCGGUUCACCAGGGACGACAUGGUCCGAUGGCUGAUAUCCAUGGGAGCGACGGUUGAUGACAAGAUUCUGAGAGCCAUGAUAAAAAGUGAAAACAGUUGCUAUGUUGAAACAUUCAUCGAAUCAGGUGUUGACCUCCUCCCUUCUCUGGACGUAAUACGGACGCUGUUUCAAGAGAGGGACACUCGCGGCUCUGCCGAUGACGUUGAGUCCCUCUUCCUGCUGCUCACCUAUGACAGCUCGCUCGCCGCUACAAGAUUUGGAAGCCUUGUGCUUUAUGACUUGGUGGCAGACGACUAUCACGACAUAGCUACCCUCCUCCUUGAGACAGGCGGCGAUCAAUUUGAUGUCAAUUUUAACGAUGGCACGCGCACCCUUUUACAAAUUGCAAUCAUCGAGGGUGAGUUGGAAUUGGUCCGGUGUCUACUUAAAGCAGGCGCGGAUCCAGAUGCAACUGCACGACAGGCUCGGACGCCUCUUCAGCUUGCUGCGGCAAUGGGAGAAAAAUUUGCCUCCUUCUUUGCGUGCCAGGCUAUCCGGCUUCUGCUGGACAAAGAUGCGGACGUUGACAAACGAGCCUAUGGGGAAUGGUCAGCAUUACAAUAUGCAUCAAGGUAUGCGGAUGGUAGAGCUCAAAUGAUCCUGGAUGCGGGGCUGAUGUGA